AUGGGUGGCUCUCGUGGGGUCCAAAAUCCCGAGACAGGAUAUGAAGGUCUCCAGCACGGAUACUCUAACACGAUAUCACAGCAUCCUACUACAACUCGUAUCAACCUCAAAAAAAUCGGCGCCAAUGAAGAUAGCAACAAUUUCCAUGGCCAUGGCCAACUCCUACCACGCUUCUGGUUGCGCACACUGACCUGCAUAUUCGUCCCUCUGCUGGUCACAGCGUACUAUGGGGGUCUCUACGCAUACUGGAUACUCAGAUACGACGAUGGCGGGCCCGUGGCACAAGGACCACCUGCUGGGCGGUGGGCUUAUUAUAUAUGGUUCGUCGUCAGUGCCACUGGGAUUGGUCUUUCGAAAUAUGGUCUUGCCGGGGUCGAGGCCGGCAUGCUGAUGGACAAACGAUGGGCUGCAAAAAAUGCUAUGCAGUUAAUGUCGCACUGUGAAAAGACCUGGUCUGGACCAUCAGGCUGGGUCCGCAUGCGUACCAUCCCAUCCCCGACCUGGCUACUCCUCGCCGCAGUCAGCUUGACACCAUACGUCGCCCUGCCCCUGUCCGGCUUCACGCUGCAGCUCACCACCGGCUAUUCCACAAGCAACUCCUCCACUUCAUACGCAACGCUCGUUGGCCAACGGCAAGACACGUUCCUCGACCAAAACUUACAAGACGUCUUCACUCGCUCCUUCAACCGCUGGAGCACAUCCACCUCCUCCGCCCUCUCCUCUCGCUCAGCAUACUAUGUCCCCGCCGACAACAGCACCCUCAUCGACCGCACCUGGCUCCAGUCCUUCCCGAACAUAUGGCCCGACUGGCCUGCAAUGUCCGUCUUCAUCGCGCCGCAAUCCACGUCCGUUGUGGCUGGCGAGGCAUGGGGCCUGGAAUCCACAUUCAAUUGCACCAUCGUCUCCGACAUUUCGCAAUUCAUCCUCCUCAGCCAGCGCAACAGCAACGGCUCCGCGCCGCGAUGCCAACCUAUUACCUUCAACUCCUCGGACGCCACGCCAGAGUACAUGGGCCUUCCCGACCUGUGUGACUUUGACGUGUACACACUCAACCCCAUCUCGAACGCCACACUGAUCGACUUGAACGUCAUCGACAGCGUCUCUUUCCCCGUCGGCAUAAUGGAGAUGGCGGUCGGCUAUAACAAGUCGGAAUGGCAGUCCAUCCCAUUUAGCAACCUCGACCCCGUGACCUUCGAAGCCGCGCUGUGGCAGAACCCCAUCAAAAUGGUCCAGAAAUGCGCACCGCUCGAACGACUCGUCUCGAACGCUCUCGGCACGACCGUCAAGGGCAUGCAGAAAUCCUUCCGCCUCGACGACGUCACAUCCGAACUGACCGGCCAAGACGACACGUCGCUGAAAACACUCGACGCCAUCGGAUUUCGCUGCCAAUCGCGCUACCGCACCGGCACGGCCACUCUCGACGGCCGCACAGGGACCUGCGACGGCUUUUCGUAUUCCGAAGCAUCGUCCAUGGUUUCCGCGACACCCGUCCCCAUCGCAACGGCCAUCCCGCGAAUCUUUCGCUCCGAGGUCUCCGCCGCGCUGAGUCUGCAGGACAUGUACGGCCAAACGGCGCUGAGCGCGACCAUAGACAGUCUCCCGCUCGAUUUUACCGAGGAUUCGAACAUGGAUCUCAACCCGAUGGCCUACAUCGCCAGCAACGUCAGCUGGUUGCAGAACAUAUACAAAUCGGCCGACGCGUUCUACCGACAGCCCCUGUAUUGCGACGACCAGGGGAAUGUGAACGUCAGUCUCACGAGCACGUGGCAGCAACUCCAAUUGCUCAAUUCGACUCAAUUCAUGACGAGUAUGGUGAGAGCGUUCAAGGCGUACGCGCUCGAAAUGGCCAGGCCCACUGUGCAGGAUCGCCAGUCCGCGCCGUGGACCGACCGACUUAGUACCGUCCAGCCCGCUUUGAUUGUCAGUUCAGGCGAUGUCUCGCCGUUGCCGGUGUUGGUGUUGCUGGCGGUCUGGGCGACAAGCUGUGUGGUGCUCGGAGUUGUAUUCGGCAUCAGACGACGCUGGUCCGAAACGCUAGAUGGCUUCAGCAUGUUCAGAUUCGGUGCGGAUUUUCCCAUCUUCCACGCCAUGGAGAGGAGCAGUACGCGGCACUUCAGUGAGAGUGCUGCGCUGUUGAAUAUCCCGGGCCUGGUGGGUGAUUCGAGGCCCGAGAGCGGGGUGGGAUAUAUCUCGCUCGUCGACGGCCCCUGGGAUGCGGCGAAUAGGAGGAAGAAAUAUGUAUGA